GACAGUUCUCCCGCUGAACUGUGGACUUAUCGACACUCACAACACUUGCAACACUCAACAGCGGGGUUAAACGUCAUCGCUCGCACCAGGAAUAGUGAUACGCUCUCCACUGCAGUCAUGGCAUUCUCUGCCAGGCCCUUUUCUUCUCCCCUCGUCCUGGGCUUUCUCCUAAUCUUCGUCUUCGCCCGCCCGACUCUAGCCUUUGGAGCUGGCAACAUUGCUGGAAUCUCCAAAGUAGAGGGGCAGAACUGGCGCCAUGGCGACAUCGAAGACGUCCUCCUCCAGGUUCUCAUGGCCCGCGCUGCCGGCGGCAAGAAAUUCGACAAGCUCAUGGUCACUCGAGUCUACUUCGGCAAUUGGCUGCGGGACUACUCCCAGGCCAUCGAUGUCGGCACCGUGAAGGCUGUCUCUGCCGAGGCCAUCCGCCUUCUGGUUGCCGUGCUCGGCUUCUUGACCUUCGGGUACGGAAGCCGCGAGUUCGAAGUCACCGCCGACCGCCUGGGCACCUACCGACCUGAGGAACACAUUGACAACCCGAAGGACUACGCCGACAACCUCGACGCCACGCAAUACGAUCGGCGGCUUCGUGGUCCUGUUGAUGAGCGCGUCGAGCUGGCCAUUGACCCAGAGACCGGCAUGAAGAACUACAUCGCGAACGAGCGUGUAGGCAUCAUGAACAGCGCCAUUCAUGUCCGUCGCCUGCUUACUACAUGUAUCGAGCUUGGCCGCCGGUAUCACCGCAACCAGAAAAAGGAGGAUCUCUAUGAAGCCCUGCGCGUCAUGGGCAGCGGCUUGCAUUGUUUGGAAGAUUUCCUUGCCCACAGCAACUACACGGAACUCGCCUUGAUCGAGAUGGGAGAGCGCGAUAUCUUCCCUCACGUCGGCCGCGGGACCCAGAUGCGGCUUCGCGGAGCUCGCCACUCGGUCUAUCCUAUCACCACCGGCACCUUCGGGGGUGUUGAUUUCUUGCACUCGGUCGCCGGCGAGGUCUCGGACAAGUUGACCCAGAACGAGCUUGAUGUGCUUGAAGGGACCCUUGAGAACAGCAAGAAGAGCGACACCAGCGUCCUGCAGAACCUACUUGGCAUGAUUCCCGACGGUAUUUUCGGCGGCGAGGAUAAGAAGCAGCAGCUGCACAAUAUCCAGGACAACGCCAGCGCCGCCCAGAUGCAGCAGAUGAGCGUCUCUCCGAGAGAGCCCGAGGAGUACACGAGAUACAUCCAGCAGCUUUUCAAGCAGAUCAUGCCCGCCAUCAAUUUCCACGAUGAACUGCUGCAAAGCAUCUCCCAAGCUAUUGAGAAGAUCCCCGUCUUGCCCAAGCUCAUUGAGCAGCUAGAGGACCAGUUGUCCAUCUUCGUCUUCUCCAUCAUUGCACCAUUUAUCAUCCCCGUGCUCAACCAGGUCAAGAACGAGAUGCGAACCGGCUCGUCUGAGAUCAUCCAGAGCAGCAAGGAUGAGCAGCACAUUGUCUUCGACGACGACAACUCCUCUGACCCGACCCACUCGAUGUUGUCAAAGGAUCACUUCUCUAACCUCCUCAACGAAAUUGCCGGACGUACCGCCUCCAAGGUGGUUGGCUGGGUCGUCCCUCAGCUCAUGGAGGCCUGGGACAACGAGAAUAUCGACAUCAACCGCACGGUCAAUCGCAUCAUCUACGGUGUGUUCCACCAUCCCGCCCAGCGGGAUAUGGGCGAGGAUGGUGCUAGCGAUGGCCGCCACCUCAUGUUUAGGUCCGUGGAAGAGUGGUGGAACGAGAAAGGAGACCGCGAGAAGGACGACUAUCGUCGCAAGCUGAGCCGGGACGGCGUCUUCCAGGGCGAGAACCAUAAGGAGGGCGUCCACGACACCGGCCACGGCUGCGGUAAGCCGAUCGGUAUGCAUAAGCAGUUCCCCUCGGGCGGAACCAUGGAAGACAGGAUCGUCGACGCCGCAGCGGGCGCCAUCAUGGGCGGCUUCACCAGCGGCGUGUCAAACAUCGUCGCGAGCCAAACCGGCAUCCACCUUCCCACAUUUGACCAGCAGAGCUCCCACUCUAGCGGCGGAGGCGGCGGAGGCGGCGGAGGCGGCGUGCUAGGGGGCCUGCUUGGCGCCGUUGCUGGCAAUCUCUUUGGUGGCGGCUCCAAGGAGGAGCAGACGACCACCUAUCAUUCCAGCGGCCGCACUGAUGAUGGCGGCUACAACCAGACAGUCUCCGAGUACGGCCGCCAAGGCGACCGCUACGGCCAGGCUCAGUACUCGGAGACGCAGUACCCUGGCGGUGGCGAGCGCACUGAGUACCGCCGCUACGAACAAGAUCAGAGCAGUGACCGCUAUGGAGGCCAGCAGCAGCAGCAGGGAUACGGCUACGAGGAACGCACCGAUACGCGUCCGAGCUACGGUGGGGGCUACGAGGAGCGCACUGAGCGCACAUGGGAGGACAGCCAAGGCGGGUUCCGACGCCAGGAAGAGGUCAGUAACUGGAGCGGCGGGCGUGAGAGUCAUGGCGAACGGCGCGACGAUGACACCGGAGGUUCGGGCGGUGGUCGUCGUCAUCAUCAUCGUGAGGAGGGCUAUGGUGAGCAGCGUGAGGAGGAGCGCCGCGACGACGGCGGCUCAGGCGGCUGGGGUGGAGGGUUGGGAUCUCUCGGCGGUAACAUCCUCGAGAACAUUGCUCGGCAAGCCGAAGAGACGUUUGAAGAGGCCCGCGACGAAAACCGCGGGGAGCGUCGUGGUGGUGGUGGCUGGGGCUUCUAGAGGGGAGUGGGAUCUCG